CAUCUCUCUCUUACCGAUCUUACAGGAAUCGUCAAUACUCUGAUUCCAUCCUUCUCAAGCUCUCCGUUCUCUGUUUUCUGAUCCAUUUCUUGUUCGAAGAAUCCAAGUUUCAGCGCCGGAGAAGGAAAUGUCAUCGCAACAGAAAAACGCAGGAAUUCUCGCCAUGGAAAUCUACUUUCCUCCAAAUUGCGUCCAGCAGGAAGCUCUUGAGGAACAUGAUGGAGUAAGUAAGGGGAAAUAUACAAUUGGACUUGGACAAGAUUGCAUGGCUUUUUGUUCAGAGGUUGAAGACGUGAUCUCCAUGAGUUUGACUGCUGUUUCCUCCCUGUUGGAGAAGUAUGGUAUUGAUCCUAAACAGAUUGGUCGACUUGAAGUGGGAAGUGAGACAGUUAUUGAUAAAAGCAAGUCCAUAAAGACUUUCCUUAUGCAAAUUUUUGAGCAAAGUGGGAAUACUGAUAUUGAAGGUGUUGAUUCAACGAAUGCUUGCUAUGGAGGCACAGCUGCUUUAUUUAAUUGUGUUAAUUGGGUGGAGAGUACCUCAUGGGAUGGACGUUAUGGACUUGUUGUCUGCACCGACAGUGCGGUCUAUGCAGAAGGACCAGCUAGACCGACUGGUGGAGCUGCAGCUAUAGCAAUGCUGAUAGGGCCUGACGCUCCUAUAGCAUUUGAAAGUAAAUUGAGAGCAAGUCAUAUGUCUCAUGCCUAUGACUUUUACAAACCCAACCUCGCAAGUGAAUAUCCGGUUGUUGAUGGAAAGCUUUCCCAGACCUGCUAUCUCAUGGCUCUUGAUUCAUGCUAUAAACGUUUCUGCGAUAAGUACGAGAAAUCGGAGAGCAAACAAUUUUCACUUAAGGAUGCUGAAUAUUUCGUCUUCCAUUCUCCAUACAACAAGCUUGUCCAGAAGAGCUUUUCUCGCCUUUUAUUCAACGAUUUUGUGAGGGGAGCAAGUUCUAUUGAUGAGGCUGCUAAAGAAAAGCUGGCGCCAUUUUCUACUCUUACUGGUGAUGAAAGUUACCAAAGCCGAGACCUUGAGAAGGUGAGCCAGCAGCUUGCAAAGACAUUAUAUGAUGCGAAGAUACAACCGACAACUUUGAUACCAAAGCAAGUUGGGAACAUGUACACUGCAUCUAUUUACGCAGCCUUUGCGUCUCUGAUUCACAACAAGCAUAGUUCACUCGCAGGAAACAGGGUAGUUAUGUUUUCAUAUGGCAGUGGUUUAACUGCCACCAUGUUUUCUUUCCGUCUUAGUGAAGGUCAUCAUCCUUUCAGCUUAUCAAACAUCGCAAAUGUGAUGAAUGUUAGCGAGAAAUUGAAGUCGAGACACGAGUUUCCUCCAGCAAAAUUUGUGGAAACGUUGAAGCUAAUGGAACAGAGAUAUGGAGGCAAAGAUUUUGUGACAAAUAAGGAUUGCAGUCUUCUUGCUUCAGGUACUUACUACCUUACUGAAGUUGACUCAAAGUAUAGGAGGUUUUAUAACAAGAAAACCGACAAUUCUUGUCGUGUGGCUAACGGUCACUAACUGUGAUUUCGUAUAUGGGAUUAUCAAUAAGUUUAUGUUUGUGCUUAUGUGAGGCUGCUGCCACUAUCUUUAGUUGUUUUUUAGCCUUUAAAUUAAUG